UCCCGCGUAUAACAGUUGUAAUGCGGCGGAGUGGGGGUAUAUUUAUCCCAGAAGAAAAACCAAAACAAAAGUGAUAUAUUCUCAAAUUCCAGAGAAAAUCAGCCCAGAGAGAUGAUGAUUAACAUCUGGAGUGGCGGUAGAAGAAGCUUAUGUUUCCUGAGAAGGAGAGAAAGAGUGAAUUUCUCUACGAAGCCUCUUCCCAAAAGCAAAUUGAAGUGGAAGAGCGUUGUUGGAUUGGAGAUUCACGCCCAGAUAGACUCCGAAUCGAAAUUGUUCUCAGGGGCUCAGGUGGAAUUUGCUGCUCCUGUAAAUGCAAAUGUUUCCCUCUUUGAUGCUGCUAUUCCGGGCACUUUGCCGGUCCUCAACAAGGCCUGUGUCCAGGCAGGAGUCUCUACAGCCCUGGCGCUAGCUUGUGACAUCAAUAGAGUCUCCAUGUUUGACAGGAAGCACUACUUUUAUGCGGAUUUGCCCGCUGGAUAUCAAAUAACUCAGCAAAGAGCUCCGCUGGCUCGCAAUGGACAGCUGACUUUCCCGGUUUUCGUGCCAGGCGUCACCAAAAAACCGUACAAGAAGACUGUGCGACUGCAUCAACUUCAGUUGGAACAAGACAGUGGGAAAUCGCUGCACGACGAGUUUGCUGGACAGAGCUUAGUGGAUCUAAAUCGAGCAGGAGCGCCUCUCAUGGAGUUUGUCUUUGAUCCUGACCUUAGUGAUGGCGAAGAGGCUGCGGCGCUGGUGAAGGAGCUCAUUCUCAUUCUCACCCGCCUGAAGACAUGCUCUUGCAAGAUGGAAGAGGGAGCCUUGCGAGUCGACGCCAAUGUUUCUGUCCACGAGGAAGGUACUGCUUUGGGCACGAGAACGGAAAUCAAGAAUAUUGGAUCGGUGAGAGGCGUAGCUCAUGCCAUAACAUAUGAAAUAGCCAGGCAAAUUGAAAUCCUCGAGAAUGGAGGAAGAAUUCACAAUGAGACUCGUUCCUGGGAUGCAUCUUCAAAGACCACUGUUGCCAUGAGGGAUAAAGAAGUCCUCCAAGACUAUCGAUUCAUGCCAGAACCAAAUCUACCGCCUUUGAGGCUUACUGAGGAGAAUUUCCAGCAAAAUCUCCCAGAGUUACCCGAAGAAACGCGUGAAAAACUCACCAAAGAUCUCUCUUUACCUUCGGAAACUGCUAUAAUCUUAGUGAAUGAAGACAAUCUUUUGAGGCUCUUUUUUGAGAUAUCCAAUGAAAAAAAUGAUCUUCCAUCGAAAAUAAUUGCUAAUAUCCUUACAAAUGAACUCUUGACGAUUUUCAACAAGAACAAGAUGCUCAUAGAAGAAUGUGCAAUACCGUCAAAAUCUCUCGGAGAUUUGAUUACUAUGCUUCACGAAGGUGAAGUGAAUCUUCAAAUGCUUCGCCUCAUUCUCCAGGAAUUAUUUGAAAAGCCCCAUGAGUGUCCCAAUAGAGUGGCCGAAGCUAAUAAUUGGAAGCAAAUCUCUGACGAGAAGGAGAUCGAGGCGCUUUGCGAAGAAACCUUGGCUGCGAAUCCCAAACUCGUAGCCGCCUUUCGUGCUGGGAAAACCAAGGUGUUCUACGCGAUAGUGGGAGAAGUGGCCAAGAAGAGCGAAAACAGGGCCAAUAUGUCUCUGGUGGCGGAAAAAUUGAAGAAAAUGUUGAAAUAAGAAUAUAGAAAAUCAUGCGACAAUAUCCGUUGGCGUUUGAACGAGUGG